CAGUGUGCUGUCUUCUUUUGCAGACGAUCCCCACCGGAACUUCCCCAGACAGCAGCUCAAGUACCAGCAGGAGCUGGGCACCGGAUGGUUCGGACAGGCACUGCUGGGGGAGGCCCGUAACCUGACGGCCGAGCCGCGCACGGCUGUGGUGGUGAAGGCGCUCCGGGCCGGCGCCACGCUGCCUGAACAGAUGUACUUUCUACACGAGAUGGCCUACCUGCGGGACGCCAACCACCCGAACGUGCUGCGUCUGCUGGGCCGCUGUCUGGAGGCCGACCCGUACCUCCUCAUCCUGGAGCGCUGCGGCGCGGGGGACGCCAAGGAGUUUCUGCAGCGCCGCUCGCCGGCCGAGCGGCAGCAGCUGCUGAACACGAUGGCGCUCAACAAGAUGGCCAUGGACGCGGCGGCCGGCCUACAGCACCUGCACGACAUCCACUACACGCACAGUGACCUGGCGGCGCGCAGCUGUCGCGUCAUGAGCAACCGCACGCUCAAGAUCGGCGACUACGGCUGCAACAUCGACAGGUACAAGGAAGACUACUAUAUCGCCGGCGACGUGGCCCUGCCGGUGCGGUGGUGCGCGCCCGAGAUACUCGAGUGCACGCCCACCACCAUCGAGACCAAAGAGGUGACCAAGGCGUCGAACGUGUGGUCGCUGGGGGUGCUGAUGUGGGAGCUGCUGGCGUUCGCGGCGCUGCCGUACGCGCCGCUCUCAGACGAUGACGUCAUCCAGCACGUGGUGAUGGACAGAAACGUGCAGCUGUCGCGGCCCAAACUGAGCACCGGAUCGCCGCACACGGACAGAAUGUACCACGUGAUGCAGCUCUGCUGGCUGCCGCCCGGCCAGCGGCCCACCGUGCACCGCAUCCACGCGCUGCUCUCGCAGCUGACGGCGCCGCCCAGGGACGACUUCGAGGAGAGGUGGGAGGCGCUGCGGCCGCGCGGCCGUGCCGACGGCGGCUCCGACUCUGAGUCCCCGGAGCCGGCCAGUCUGGACUCGGAGCUGCACGACGCGCUGCGCAGCCUGGACAGGAUGCUGGCGGCCGAGGAGCCGGCGGCGCCGGGCCCCGGCGGCGGGCCCGCGGCCGGCGACCACCCGCCGCCGGCAGAGGACCCGGACGGACAGAGCGCCGGCAGCGGCGGCAGCGGCGACGGCCGGCUGGCGCGCGAACAGUCGCGCAGCGUGCAGGACUUCCUGACGCUGACGGCGCCGCUGGACAGCCUGGAGUACGGCAGCGAGCGGGCCGACAGUGACCCGGAGCCGGCCGGAGAGCCGGCGAGGGCGGCCGACCCGGAGCCGGAGCCGGAGCCGGAGUCCUCUGUGAGUACACGGGCCCAGCGGCCGCUGGUGGAGGGAGCGGCGCGCGGGCCGGCGCUGUCGGCGCCCGCGGCCUCUGCAUGUCUGCCGGAGCGGCCGGCAGCCGGCGGCGGUCUCCCGGCUGGUGGUGGUGACGGUGCUGGGGCCCUCGGAGACGGUAGCGGCACGCCGCCGGAGGAGGAGGUCGGCGCGGGUGGCGGGACGGCCGCAGCGCCCCGCACGCCGCAUGCGGUGCCGCAGCUCUGUCUGACAGAGGCCACGCCGCCCCGACAGCCCGACACCGGCCAGCAGUCCCUGCAGAGCUCGCAAGCGGAGGAGCCCCCAGCCACUGAGCCCCGUGCUUUCAGGCUCGUUUUAAAUGAGAACAGCGACGGCAGCAGUAAACUGGCGUCAGAUUCUGAGACGAACUGUGAGGGGUGUUUGGCGAGUGAUGCCGGUGAGAGUGCGGACCUGGGCGCGGAGCUGAGCACUGCUGCGGGCAGCGAGUACUUCACUGCCGCCGACAGCACGCUGGCCGCAGAGCUGAGCGUUGUGGACGGCCCGGCCGCGGACAGUGUGACCGACUCGUGUGCCGCCGGGGACGGAGACCUGUCGGGGAGGCUCGGCCUGCGACUGACCAGCACACCGCGCGGCCGGCGCAGUCCCUCCUUCAACGAGUACAUCGGCUCGGCCUACCAGACGGCCGUCGAGACUCAGCCGGACGCCUCUGCCGACACGCUGAUGGGCAGCCGCCACUCGGCGCCGGCCUACGCGCCGCUGGCCGGCGACGACCUCAGCGCCGGCAGCGAGCCGGGCUGCGACGCAGCCCUGCUGGCCGACGACGGUGACGACGAGCUGGACAUGGCCAGCCUGCGCCGCGAGGCGGCCGGCGGCGGCGGCGACGUGCCCCGGCCGUGCGCCGGCGCGGCCGACAAGGCGCCGCCGGCCGAGCCGGACUCGCCGGCGCGCAGUCCGUCGCUGAGCUCCACGUUCGGCCACAGCACGUGUGACGAGCUGGCAGAGCUGCCCGACGAGGAGGAGGUGCGCUCGCUGUGCUCGCGCGCCGAGCUGGCGCCCAGCAAGCUGUGGGGCUCGGCCGAGGAGCCGGCCGGCUCGCCGCUGCGGCCCGACCGCCGGCUCUCAGCAGACGUCAUCACUGUGAUCGAGGCGGCGCCGGGCCGGCCCGGGCCCGCCGGCGGCGGCGCAGCGGACGGAGCGGCCGCCGGGCCGGCUGACCGGACCACGGCGGCGGCGGGAGCCGGGAGUGAAGGGCCGACCGGAGCCGGGAGUGAAGGGCCGGCCCCAGCGCCGGCCGGAGCAGCGAGUGGAGAAGCGUCUGUAGCGGAGAGUCAGGGGACGAUUCCUGCACAGCUGGCCGGAGCUGGGACAGAGAGUGAGCUCUCCGGGGACAACUCUGCCGUAUUAGAGGAAAAUCUAGUCAUUCCUGUUGCGUCUCAGCCGAAUGAACAAGUGUUGGUCAGUUUGGAAAACGGGAGCAUUGAAAGCAAGAUCUCAAAGCCGACUCGUCCUCUGUUAGACUCCAAGUUUGGGGAAGCGUCGGCGCCUGUUGUGGCACUGCUCUCUGCUGAAGGGUCCGUUUGUUUGGAGAGUGAUAUUCCCGAUAUACCUACGUCGGCUGGCGCGGGUGGUACGCCACUGCAGUGGGACCCGGUGUCGCCCAAAGAGGCUGCGUCUGCUGAUCCGGACCAGCCAAAGACCGAUACUGCCGCGCCCGUGGAUGUGCCGGCUCUGAACAGUGGGUCUGUGGGUCUGCUGCGCGCGUCCACGGGACUGAGCUCGGCGGCCUCAGAGCAGUCCACUCUGCCCUCAGAACAGCUUACUCUUGCCUUGGAGCAGUCCGCACUGCCCUCGGAAGGGCUCACUCUGCCCUCGGAACCAUCCGCUGUGGCCUGGGAACAGCUCACACUGCCCUCGGAGCCAUCCGCUCUGCCUUCGGAGCCAUCCGGUCUGCCGUCUGGGCAGCCUGCCCCGGCUGCAGACUUCUCCCUAUCUGAUCUUCUGGCCCUCGCAGACAGCCCCAUGGUGAGUGCGAAUGAAACCCCGACGAAUGAAACCACGGACGGCGCCGUGGGGGACGGAGCGUCGCUCUGGACAUUGUCUGCAGGACCAGCAUCAGAGUGCGUACCGCUGCCUGACGGACGUAUAUCGGAUCCUUUGUCUGUGCCGGGCUGCCCGGAGCGGCAGGACGAUACCCUGUCAGAGCCUGUACCGGUGCCGGGCUGCCCGGAGCGGCAGGACGAUACCCUGUCAGAGCCUGUACCGGUACCGGGCGGCGCGGAGCCACAGGACGAUACCCUGUCAGAGCCUGUACCGGUACCGGGCGGCGCGGAGCCACAGGACGAUACCCUGUCAGAGCCUGUACCGGUGCCGGGCGGCCCGGAGCGGCAGGACGAUACCCUGCCAGAGCCCGUACCGGUACCGGGCGGCGCGGAGCCACAGAACGAUACCCUGACCAGCCUGGACGGCAGCGGCGGCUUCGAGCUCACGCCGGGAGAGCUGGGGAUGUCGCCGGCCGCCUGGGACGCCGCCCGGCCGGCCGAUACUGGAGGCGCGGAUGCAGUCGGCACUGGGGACGGGGCUGCCGCAGCCACGGCUGUAACCGCUCCUGCCGCCCCAGUGACGUCCAAUACCGGAGAUUCCAGCCACCAGUACUCGCCCGGCGCCGACUCUGGCGGAGCGGUGGACGCGCUGGCUGGUGACAGUCCCCAGCCGGUGCCUACCGCCGCCGGCUCCGGCUCAAAGUACCGGCUGCAGUCGGGCCUCGGUGCCUCUGCGGACGGAGAGCUGUCUGAAGCCGAGCAGCGGCCCGGGCUGUGGACCGCCGGCGGCCCUUCCGCCGGGGAGGGCGAGGAGCUGUGGGCCGGCCGCGGCGCCCCGGCAGGAGAGGGCGAGGAGCUGUGGGCCGGCCGCGGCGCCCCAGCAGGGGACAGUGAGGAGCUGUGGGCCGGCCGCGGCGCCCCGGCAGGGGAGGGCGAGGAGCUGUGGGCCGGCCGCGGCCCCUCCGCCGGGGAGGGUGAAGAGCUCUGGGCCGACCGCGGCCCCUCCGCAGGAGAGGGUGAGGAGCUGUGGGCCGGGCUCCGGCUGGCCACCGAGCUCACCCAGGCGCUGGUGGAGGCGGCGCGCCGCCAAUCGCCGCAGAAAAACUACCGAUCCAUGUUCCUCGAGGGCGCGGCCGAGCCGGCGGACGGCGCCGAGCCGGCGGACUCUGCGCCGGCGUCUCGGCACGGCCGCCACGGCAGCGGCGGCUUCGACCCGCUGGUCCCGUCCGGGGAGGGUCCCGGCGCCGCCUUCGACCCGCUGCAGCUGGAGAUGGAGCUGGAACUGGAACAGGGCGGCCUGGAGCGGGAGCUGAUACCCAGCGACGAGGAGGCGGCGUUCGCGGCCAUCCGCGCCGAGCUGCGCCGAGCGCUGCCCGACCCGGCCGGGGCAGAGCAGCAGGAGGAGGAACAGAGAGAGCAGGAGGAGGAGGAGGUGGGGAUGAUCUGCCGGCCGGCGGUCCCCGGACUGGAGACCAUCCGCGAGGAGGCCGAGGACCAGGACCAGGACCAGGAGGACGCGCUGCUGGAGGAGGACCACAUCCCCGACAGCUGGAGGGAGCACGAGGACGCCUUUGUCGAGGUGGAGAUCCGGCCGUGCGACGCCGGCCAGGAGCGGCGGGCGGCGGCCCGGUCGGACCCGGCCGGUGUCCAACGGGACCCGGCCUCCCCCACAUCGGACCCGGCCUCCCCUAUACCGGACCCGGCCUCCUCCACACCGGACACCGAGCGGCCGGGGGGAGGCGACGGACCGCCGGCGGCAGAGACAGCUGCCAGCCGUUCCCCGGACUGGACGGAGCCCACACCGGCCGCGGACUGGCAGGCAGCGGGCGCGGCCCCACCGGCCCACCCGGUGUCCGCUGACCUCCCGGCCACCGAGCAGCUCAGGGUGUCCGCUGACCCCCCGGCCACUGAGCGGCUGAGGGCGUCCGCUGACCUCCCGACCCCCGCUGACGUGCUGAGUUCGCGCGGCGAGCCGGACGGCUCCCAGGACUCGGGCCCGCCGGCGGCCGGCGGCCUCUCGGGGGUUAGUCACAUCCCUGAGGGCGCCGGCUCCGCGGAGAACACCCCCGACCGGACGGAGGAGGUGGUGGUCCCCCAGCGGAGUGCCGAGCAGCUACAGAACGGGCUCGGAGUGAUUGGGGGAGCCACUGACAGUCGGCCGGUGGGGGCGGACCGCGCGGUGGACGGGGGACGGCCGGCAGAGGGCCUCAGUGGUGACCUGGUGACUGGUGACGCUACUACUGGUGUCUGUGGUGACGGAGCAGUACAGCCGGCGGACAGCGGGCCUCCCCCAGUCGGUGUGACUGAGGAUACCUCGGAGGAGGUCGGACCGCGUCAAAACGGAAACACUGAGGCACAUGAAGGAGACGCGUCGACGGGGAACCAUAUCACCAGAGAGGACGGCAGUCUGUCCGCUCCGCCCCAGCCGGAGUCCAAGGGCGGCCUCGGCGCGGGGCCGACCAAACCGGCUCGGAUCGAGUUCCGACUGGACGAGCCGGUCACCGUGCCCAGGAAACUGCGGGCGGCCUCCGCGGAGGGGGCCAUCCUGAUCCCGGGCGUGGGGGACGUCUACUCCAGUCUGACCGCCGAGCCGACCGCCGGUGACGCGGCCACGGCCAGCCUGGGAGGACUGGAGUCCGGGGCCGCGGCGUCCGGGACUGCCGCCGUGUCCGGGAGCGGCGGCCCGGAGCCGGAGCCGGAGCCGGCCGCCACCCGCCGGCCCGUCUCGGCGGCGCUAGUGGCCGAGCUGAGGGCUCUGGCCAGCUCUGCCGAGUCCCGGCCGUCCGCCCCUGUGGCAGAGGACCGGGCGAAGACGCAGCCGCCGCGGGUGGUGCGCGGCGGCGCGGCGCUGCAGCUGACGGACCUGGAGUGGCCGGCGGCCGGCGGCGGCGCGGCGCCGGACGGCCCGCCGCCGGAGCCGCUCUCCGACUCGGAGGCCUCGGACGUGCUCGAGGUGGACACGGAGUCGCUGGAGGCGCGCCUGGUGGCCGGCGGCCGGCCGCGCGCCCACCUGGCCUUCGUGCCGCGCGCCGAGCCCGCGCAGCCACCGCCGCCGCCGGCGGAGGAGGAGGAGCGGCGCGGCGCCGACCCGUGGGCGGAGGGCGAGUCGCCCUCGGCCAGAGUCGGCAGCGCAGUCGGAGACGAGUCCGACUAUGAAGGGGACUACGAGAGCCUGCCGGUCGAUGUGACCGGACCGGGGCUCGGGCCGGGCCCGGCUGCCGGCCUGACCCGCUCGGUGGCCUCCUAUGACCUGGCGGGCGGCGCGGCCGGCGCGGCCGGCUGGGAGGGCGCCGGCGCCGAGCAGCCGGCCGACUGGCAGUACCCGGCGCCCGGGGAGGCGGCGGCGGUACCGGACAGGGACCGAGAGACGGGACACGGACAGCCGGCCUCACUGCCGCCGCUCGCCGGCUACCACGUCCUCAGCCACGGCGAGAUCUACCACAAGGCGGAGCGGCGCCGCUCGCUGCCGGUGACCGCCGGCCCGCCCCCGCCCCCGCCCCCGCCCCCGCCGCCGGCGGAGUCUGCGGCGGAGUCUGCGGCGCUGACGGCCGAGGAGCUGGCUCUGGACGCCUCCAUCCCGACCUACGACGACGUGCGCCGGUUCGGGGAGCCCACCGACAGCCUCUCCUCGGACGAGGACGACGAGCCGAGCCCGGCCGGCCGGCCGUGGCCACUGGGCGACGCGCGCGCCCGCACACUGAGGGACCGCGGCCCGGAGCCGGCCGACUGGGAGCCGGGGGAGCGGGACGGAGGGGGUGGGGAGAUGGAGUGGGAUGAUAGACGUGACAAGAGGAAAGAAGUUGAACAUAGUGACACUACUGCGCGCAGUGGAGAUAAAAGACUGAAGGUAGACGCCACUGACGGCGAGGAAGUGUCCAGUGGCGGCGAGUGGGCCGCUUUGACGGGCGCCGCUCUGCCCGCCGGGGGAGAGAGACUGGGAGCGAGUGAGGGGGAGGGAGGGGACGGCCGCGGACCGGGAGAGCUCGGCCUGGACGAGAGCGGGGACGUGUUGGAGGCGCGGCCGCACCGACCCGUGCCCGGUGUACAGUGCGAGCGGGACUCUGAGCGGCGACUGCAGCCGGGGCCGGACACCGCCGUAAACUCCGGGCCGCUGCCGGAGCCGGAGACGGCCGUAAACUCCGGGCCGCUGCCGGAGCCGGACACCACCGUAAACUCCGGACUGCGGCCGGAGCCGGACGUUGCUGUAAGCUCCGGGCCGCUGCCGGAGCCGGACACCGCCCCGGAGAUAGAGUACGACGAGGACGGGGUGGUGUUUGAGCGCUUGGAGCGUCCGGGCCGGCCGGCGCCGGGCGCGGUCCGGUCCCCAGAGGACCCCGCCGCCGCCGCCGAGCAACAGGACCAGGAGCAGGAGCAGGAGGGCGCCGCCGGGCCGCAGGAGUCGCGCUGGAGUCCCGAGGCGGCGUUCCUGGAGGACGACUCGCCGUGGUCGGCGGCCGACGCGCUGGCGCUGCGAGACCGGCUGCGGCUCAUCAAUGAGGAGUACGGCGAGGGAGAGGGCGACGAGGGGCGGGCCGAGCGCGCCGAGCGGCUGCGCCGGCUGAACGACCAGUGGGGCGUGGCGCAGCCGGACGAUCCGGCCGGCGGCCGCUACACGCCCGACUGGGAGCCGGACGACGAGGACGAGGACGGCCUGAGCUCCACCAGCGGCGAGUUCGUCUGGCAGGACGGCGCGGACCGUGCGGCGGCAGAGGCCGGCGCCGGCUCCGACUCUGACUCCGACUCGGGGUCUGACUCGGAGUCGGAGUCGGGAGAGGAGGAGUUUACUCCGAGUGUGUGGCAGCAGGACCUGGAGCCCGGCCACGGCCUGCUCCGGUCGCCCGAGCACAAAUCGGACCUGCGGAAGUCUGUGAGUUUCAAGCGUCAGAAGCACCACCGGAUCUACGAGUACCCGGGCGCGCCGGCGACCCCCGAGCUGGCCGCUGAGGAGGCCGCCGCAGCAGCAGCGGCGGCUGCCCAGCGGAAAACCUGGUCCUUCGUCGCGCCGGCGGCCGUAACUCACUACACCGACUGGGAGCUGGACGGCGAGGAGAUCGAGGACGUGUCGCUGACGGAGCUGCCCGAGUCGCCGGAGCGGUGCGCGCCCCGGCUGCCGGCCGCCGGCGCCGCCGCCCACUACUUCCUCUCAGCAGAGGGCGACGACGGCGACGAGUUCUACCUGGAGCCUGCGCUCUCGGCGGCCGGCUACACGGGCGGCAGUUCGUUCAGCCCGGCGCAGCUGUUCCAGGGCGCCCAACACGACUGGGGCGCCGCGGCCGAGCACGACUGGGGCGCCGCGCCAGAGGGACGCUUCGUGGACGUGUGGGCGCGCGGGGGCGCCGGCCGCGCCGAGGAGGCCGUCUCGCCGGACGUGGCCGAGCGGCCGCUGGUGGCGGGCCCGCCGGGGCAGCCCGGUGCCGCAGUGUCAGAGGUGGGUCCGGACUGCGGUGUCACAGUGUCAGAGGUGGGCCUGGACCGUGAUACCGCAGUGUCAGAGGUGGUCACGGACCGUGAUACCGCAGUGUCAGAGGUGGGCCCGGCCGGUGGCGCCGCAGUGUCAGAGGUGGGCCCGGACUGUAAUACCGCAGUGUCGGAGGUGGCCGCCGACCCCGGAGAGGAGCGGGCGGCGUCCCCCGGACCGGCCGCGGCGGCGCCGGAGCCGGACUGUGACGACGGUGGUGGACCGUCCGCGGCGGCGGCGGCCGAGCGGGCGGAGACAACUGCUAAAGUGACGGAGUCGGCUGUGUCAGGGACAGAAACAACUGUAUUAGAGAUCACUGCCCCGGGGACAGAGACGGGUGUCUCGGCGACGACUGUCCCGGAGACAGACCGGGCUGGUUCUCGGCUGGUGGAGACAGCUGGUGAGGGAGCGAUACCUGCCUCUGGGGCGGUACCAGCGGCGCCGGACGGAGGGCUGCCAGCCGCCGGCCCGGCAGUGGAGCCGCAGUCGGCGCAGGCCGGCCCGCCCUCCCCCGGCGCCGCGCCGGCCGGAUCGCUCACUGACGGCGGCGCCGGCGACCCUACGCGCCCGGAGCCGACAGAGGCGGCCGCCGGGAGCGGGCAGCCGGCGGAGGCGGAGCGCGGCUACACGGGCUCCUGCGACGACCGCACGCUGGCCGCCUUCGCCGCGCUGGCCGCCCGGCCCGAGUGA